CAGCGUGCAGCCACGCCUCCUUCUCCCUCUCCCUCCUAGAGGCACCGACAGCUGAUCGCAAAGACACCACCGCAAUUCACCGGAUCUCCGUGAUGGCGUCUGAGGAGCUCGCGCGGAAACUGCAGCGCAGGCUGGAUGCCACGGAGAGCCCGGCGGAGAGCCCGGCGAUCAGCCCGGCAAUGAGCCCGUGGAUGAGUCCGGCGAGCAGCCCGGCGAGGUGCGUCACCGAGCCGCGGCGCGAGGGCGAGAGCAAGGACGCGGCCGCCUCUAACGGGGACUCGUGCUCGAACGAACUUGCGGAGAAGCUCAACCGCAGGUUAGAGAUCGACGGAGGCGGCGCGAGGCCCAGACAGAUGAUGAAGGUGUUCAACCCGUACACCGAAUUCAAAGAGUUCACGCGCAAACAGAUCAAACAGAUGGAGGAGAUGUUUAAGAGAUUCGACUCGGGUAAGGACGGCUACAUCGAUCUGAUGGAGCUGAAGAUGAUGAUGGAGAAGCUCGGUGCUCCUCAGACUCACAUCGGCCUGAAGAACAUGAUCCGUGAGGUGGACGAAGACUAUGACGGCAAGCUCAGCUAUCGAGAGUUUCUCCUGAUCUUUAGGAGAGCCGCGGCAGGGGAGCUGCAGGAUGAUGACCCUCUUAUGGCACUGGCUCGUCUCUCAGAGAUCAAUGUGUCCAAUGAAGGCGUGAAGGGAGCAUGUGACUUCUUUGAGGCCAAGGCUCAGGUGCUGUCAGUACGUAGUAAGUUUGAGGCAGAACUCCGGGAGGAAAAAGAGGAGAAGCAGAGGAUGGAGGAGGAGAGGAAACAACGACGGGCUGCUUUUAAAGAGCUGCAAUCUGCGUUCUGCUCCUGAACGCACACACGCGCACACACGCACACACACACAGUGUACCUCCUACUGAUGAAUACAGAAGCACAGCUGUAAAGCCUCACUGUAACAGUAGCUAAAGUAGCUCACACAUUCACACGCUCACACACACACACACACACACACACACACACACUCACACUCACUCACAGCUUUAACCGUGUGUGCUUCCUAUUUUACUCCGACUAGCUCUAUUUUUUGAAAGAAUGUUUAAGAGAAUACUUUAGUAAAUAACACUAACGAAUAAUAAAUACAUAAAUAAAUAUAUACACAGAGAUGUAAAUUAUGAAUAUUUAAGUGAGCUGCAUGAUGAACGACAUGACAUCAGGUUUAGAAAUGAAGGGAAAUUUGUGGUCACUAUGAUUUUUUUAAUUUUUUUUUUUUCAGAAUUUUUUUAAAAUCAUCUUUCUUAUUGUAACUUAUUUUUUAAUCUUAAUUUUAAUGUGCUUUUUUACAUUAGCAUAUGUGUCGAAUUCCAUUAAUAAUAAAUAUAAUAAUAUAAAUGCA